AAUCGAAUAUUGUGGCUUUGACGUAGAGUUAAAUAUGUAGUUUUUGGCGAUCAAUACUUCGUAUCAUUAGAGUAAACCCCACCAAGGCCUGCAUCUGGGAAUUUCCUUAAUUGGCGAAUUAUCGAUAUGGUGGAUGGGCGCCAUUUACGGUUAGACCUACACCGAGUUUUGAGCGUGGUAUGAUGCCAAUUCAGCAAUUAUUGUGGAAUGGCGUCCGAGCAAAGCAGCAAACUGGUUCCCGGAGUUCUCAACGAAGCUCUUUCCUCUUUAACCGAACUAGAGCGCAGUAUCGCUGCUCGGACGGCCGCAAGUGAUCGGUUGCUGACACUGUUGGUGGAUAGCGGAGAAAAUGAUCUACCAUUUGACGAUGCUGUCAGCGCCUUUCAGGAUGCCUUGUUGCACAUUCAAAGCAGUCUUUCAGACGUGGAAAAAUCCUUGAGUGCGAUCCCGGCGGCGCCCGUAUGCAGUUUAGGUACCUCUGCCUUUCUGACCUCGAUUUCCAGCGACAUUAAGAGAGACCACGACGCCUCCGCGGAGGAUAAUCCGGUGUAUAAGGAUUUAUAUGAGGAGCUGAUUUCGGUCUACGCUUCACAUGAUCGUUAUCGCGAGUAUUCGUUAACGGCCUGGAAUUCUUUGAGCGCGCACUCAUUCCGCAAAUCGUCCCAGAUGGUGGGAUCGCGAUCGGGAAAGGGAAGCUUGUUAAUGAACGAAACUGUACGGAAAUGGCUGGAGCAGUUUAUGCGCACUCUUCAACUACCUGCUCUGCAUUUUACCGUGAAUUUUCUACCGGCGAUGGGAACGGUCAUCGAAUUACUGCACCCGUCACGGUUGUUUCAGGUCGUUAUUGACCGUAGUUUCCGCGCUGUGAUUUUCAUGCGCGGCAUUAUGAUUGAGGCGAUCAAUAUCCGCGGCAUCGAGGAGAAUUUCAACCUUGAGCCGAAAUCUUUGCGGCCUUUGGACCUGUGGUCGCCCUCUGAAUUUGAAGUCUACCGUAUUCUGACUAACAACGCUACUUCCGCUCUCCUGUAUUUCUGCAAUCCUUUAAAUCCGGAUCAUGUGUUGAAGCCUUACCUGAUCUGGUUGAAUUCCCUUGCAACAUUGUUCAGUCUUCCCUGUCGGAAAUGUGGUAAAUAUCUCGAUCGCGGCAUGCCCUCCACAUGGAGGGACUAUAAACGAUUCGAGCCCUAUCAUGAGUCGUGCAGAAUGGCCACAUUUACAACUUUUUGAAGCAUGCCUUUUGGUUAUUUUUGUUCAAAUUUGUUUGAUUGUCAAGUGUUUGUUACUGUUGUUGUACGUUGUUGUAUCUCGUUCUAAGCAGCGCUUUCAUGUUUUAUCUUCCAGUUUUGAUUCUUAUUGGUUUCCAAAGCAUUCGGUUAACGAGUUUAAUCUUGGACUGAGGACUUCCAAAACAAAAAUUGUUCAUUGUUCAACGCCUUUGCAAAAUUUGUAAUAAAAACUGAAAUGCCUUUGCAAAAUUUUAAAUAAAAAAGGGGAUGUGUACUUCCUGUGUA